UAGUUAUCAUCCGAUGUACGGGAUAUAAACUGAUAUAAAUCUACAAGUUAUAUCGUUCGUGAUUGCUCCGAGUUUUUAUCAGAAUUCGACAAAAUAGUUCAUCACGGUUUAAUCGCGUGAAACAAAAUCAGUCUGUCCGUAAUUACUCGUAAACGUUGAUUGCAAAUAGCAAUUAAAAAGUUAGUUUCGGGAAAAAGCCGAAAAAGUUAGUUAUACAGAGGAUUACCUAAAAAAGUGCAAAAUAAAAGUAAGGAAAACAAAGUAAAUGGCGUGCAAGAACAGCAAGCGAACAAGCCAUAUGCACGUCACAAACAAAAUUCUGAAAAGGGGAAGAGGAAUAGUGACAAUCAGAGGCCACAAGAAAGGGGCAAAAAUCGAAAUGGGACUGACGUCAAUAAAGAAAAGUAUUUCCUCGUAGGUGAAGAAACCGCCGAAGCACGAGUCGAUUGACAAAGAGAUAGAGGCCAUGGCGAAUGUGAUCAGGUCAGACAACGAGAAGAAGAUGGUGCAGCUGAAAAAUAUUUCCACGGCUCUGAAUUUUCCAUCCCCCCAACAAAAACCCGUCGCUGAAGUCAAAUCAGAAGACUGGACUUCCCUUCAAGGUCAAUUCGGUUGGGCGGAGAUCGCAAACACAGCUAUUCCAUAUCUAAUCAGGUCCGGAGAAAAAUACAUUUCCUUGCGUAUGGCCGACAAUAGGAUCUUCGUCAGAUACAAAAACGUCUUCACCGACGAAAUCCGCAGCUGCUUUCGCGUGAAGAUCCUCCACGCCACGUCGGCGGAAGCGCAGCUGUUGAACGAGAUUAACUUUAGACACUGCGAUAAUUUCUACGGAAGACUAGAGUUCGCCGUGGGAGACGGCAUAGUAUCCUUAAAGGAUAUCACGGAGACGUACAAUUUCCUCAAUUUUUGCCAUCUAAGACUCGUAGAAAGGGUGUCUGUACCUCAAAAUCGAUGCGGAUUCAUCAAAAUAGCCACCCAGAACUGCGUCCCGUACAUCUGGCACGAAAAAAAGAAGUUCGUGCCUCUUUUUUACUUCGAGGGGGAGUGCAAAUAUCUGGAGGAACAUUCCAUGGCCUUGUCAGGGUGGGACUUGGCAUAUCUGAAGCUAUACUGCAAAAUUCAAGGCAUCAGGAAGACUUUGUACGAGGGAGAGGCUAUACGCGUCGUGGAGUUGGAGUUAGUGAAGAAGUUUUUCCCUCCCGAUACGGCCUUCGAGGAGAAUUGGCCGGAAGAUUACAAAAUCGACGGUCUCGUACAAAAACCGGUUCCCAAAGUGGUACUCUCCCAAGUACAGACCAACACGAGACAGAAUAUCCCCAAAACGAAUGUGAACAUUCAAGACGACGUGAAGAAAAAGGACGCAUCUAUUCCGCAAAGGGAACAAUUGACUGUCGCACCUAAAACGAAUCCUGCAGUUGGAGCGACCCAAAAUAAUUCGAGGUCAACCCCGUCGCUUCCCAGCACCACGACCAACAGCUUGCAAGUUCCCCCGUUGAUCUUCCAUUCGAACCAGCCUAGACCAGCGUUAAAAAAUACCAAACCGACGGCAGUAGGCGCUCCUGCACCCAGAACGACGGUACCUCCGACACCAAACAGUACCAACCAUCAAAACACCUUCCCACCAGGUCCUCCAGCAACGAUUUUGAACAAUAUGGCGCGUUACAGACCCUUCAUGGCGAAACCCCUUACAUUCCCGGAUACGUACCAGCGGGGUUCGAGGGUCUUGCAGAUUCCGGAAGUGACCUGCAACAACGCGUACUUCGUGGUUAAGACUCAGGUGGAGAACAAGUUCUUCCAGUGCUGCGUCAACCUGGAACCCUUCCUGACCACCAUCUUGCUCGUGUCGCUGGAGGAGAGCGCCUCGUUCUUCCAGAUGCCCUUAGAUCUGGUCAUGAACGCCGUCAACGUAAUGAAUCUCGAUAUAUUCCUGCCCAAUAAGAUGCAGAAGAGGGAGUUCGAGAAGUUUAAGGUGUACUCCACCAGGGGUCUGUUGAAGCUGAGGGAGUUCAUCGACAACCUGCCCCAGCUCAGGUACAUCUUGAACAAGACCAAAACUUUCGACUAAUGAUUUUUGUUCCUUUUUGCAACUUGGUGUGUGAUAUUACCCGACUGUUAGGUCUAGGAUGUACAGUUUUUUUUUUGAUUCGCAAUGUAGUAAUAAGGAAUAAUUUAUUUUUAGAGGUGUUUUGUUAGUUGUUCUGUUUGUAGUUGAAUAAAUGCCUGUUUUGAAUGA